UUUUAUUUUUGUACAACCUAAUUAAUUUUUAGAUAAAAAUGUUGAUAUAAAUUUGGCCACUUACCAUGGUAUUUUUAUUGUUAGUAGCCGUGUAGUAGUCAAUAUGAAGUAUAAAGUAAUAUUUUUAUUGUGCGUUUGGUGUGUUUAUUCAACUUCUGGUAUUAACAUAUUGGACUCCGCCAAAAAUCUUAUACAUGGUGGAUCCGAUUUCGUCAAGGACUCUAUGAACAAUGUUUUUAGCUUUGAUUCGCCGCCAAAGAGAACCCCUAUUCCAGAAUUUAUCAAAGAAGCUGGAUAUGAGUCAGAAAGUCAUUAUGUAACUACACCAGAUGGAUACAUUUUAAAUAUGCAUAGGAUUCCACAUGGUAACACUAACAAGACUAAAAAAAAUAUACCUGUUUACCUUCAACAUGGACUUUUAUGCUCAUCGGCUGAUUGGGUAAUUCUCGGUCCAAACAAGAGUCUCUCGUUCCUACUGGCUGAUGAGGGUUAUGACGUUUGGCUAGGAAAUGUUAGAGGUAAUACUUAUUCUAGAAAUCACACGACACUCAAUCCGGACAAAGAUGCUGAUGCAUUCUGGGACUUCAGCUGGAAUGAAAUUGGGAUUUACGACAUACCGACCAUGAUAGAUUAUAUUUUGAAAACCACAGGAAAAUCGCAGGUAUUUCAUGUUGGGCAUUCACAAGGGACAACUUCAUUUUACGUUAUGACCUCUGAAAAACCAGAAUAUAACCGAAAAGUCAAGGCACACAUUAGCUUAGCUCCGGUAGCCUUCAUGCAACAUUUGGUCAGUCCGUUGGUUAGAGCUUUAGCUUAUGGCAACUUACCUUUUGGAAACCAGCAGACAUUUAUUGGAAAAAAUGAAUUUUUUCCUUCUACAGCAUUUUUAGUUUUGCUUAAUGACGCCAUAUGUGGUGUGGGAGUUGGAGCAGUCUAUUGUAAAAUUUCUAUAUUUGCCCUCGCUGGUUUCAGUCCAAAUGAAAUGGACGCCAAAGAUACAGCUGUUAUAUAUGCUCACUAUCCAGCUGGUGCUGCUACUAGACAAAUCUUACAUUAUACACAAGAAGUAGUUUCUGGCCAUUUCCGCAAAUACGAUUUUGGCAAAAUUAAGAACAAGAAAUUGUACAACGGAUCUGAAGUACCACCCGAUUAUAAUCUAUUUAACGUUAAGGCCCCUGUUCAUCUUAUCUACAGCUCUAAUGAUUGGCUCGCGCAUGAAACGGAUGUUGAAAACUUGUACCAACAUUUGAAGAGUGUUAGGGAAAAGUUUUGGGUUCCUAUCCCGACAUGGAACCACAUGGACUAUCUAUUUGGAAAGGAUGCUCCAAAGCUUAUUUAUGAGAAAAUUAUGAGCAUUCUUAAUAAAUACGAAGAUUAAAAUAUGUAAUAUAUAUUAUCAUUUAUAAUGAUAUAUAUUAAAAUAUAUGUUAAGCAAUAAAUAUUAUAUAUAUUAAAUGUCAAA